UCAACCGCAACAUCGCCAUAUAAUAAAUAUGUAUCGCCUGGCAACCCACACCGGCCUCAGGCAGGUCCCCAGAAGCAUCGCCAACAGCGUUUCCCGCCCCGCCCUCGCAACCCCGCGCUUUAUCCAGCCCGUCAGCAUCCGCACCAUGAUGGACUCCCCCUACAGCGCCGUCAAGGUCUCUGACCGCGUCAAGCACGAUCAUGCCGAGCUCGAGAAGCAGUACAGAAAUAUCCUCGCUGCCGAGGAUGAAGACACCAAAGUCCGAUGGCAGAACCAGUUCAUCUGGGAGCUUGCCCGCCACUCCAUCGCCGAGGAGAUUAUCGUCUACCCGGCCUUCGAGAAGUUUGUUCCCAACGGCUUGGUCAUGGCCGAAAAGGACCGUGCCGAGCAUCAGAGGGUCAAGAACCUCCUCUACGAGUUCGAAAAGAUGACUCCCUCGUCCUCUGACUUCCUCCCCACCCUCGACAAGCUCUGGGACGCUCUCUCUGAUCACAUCACGGAGGAAGAACGCGAUGAUCUCCCUGCUCUUGAGGAGAAUAUCGACGUCGAAUACUCGAGCAAGCUGGCCUCUAGCUUCAACACCACCAAGCACUUUGUCCCCACUCACAGCCACCCCAGCGCUCCUGACAAGCCGCCCUACGAGACUGCGAUUGGUCUGCUGACCACCCCAAUGGACAAGCUGAUCGAUAUGUUCAGGAAGUUUCCCAAGGAGGAUAAAAAGGCGUAA